ACGUCUCUCUACUACCAAAUUGUAUACCUCCUCCCACCUCCUCUUCCCAUCCCUCUCGCUGGUUACGAGGCGUAAUCCGUCGCCAGCUCCUCUUCCUCCUCUUCCUGUCUGCCCUUGUCAUUCUCACUUCCGUCGCUCUUCUGGAAUUUACUCGGUCGUUAUCUAGAAGAUUGAUUUGUACAGAUUUGCCUAGACACCUGCACAAGGAAGUACUGGUCUUCGCAGUCUUAAUCAGGGUCUAUUCUCCAAAGUUGUCCUCUCGCGCUCGAGUUCUUGUGUAUGCAAUUGUGGCUGUGAUGUUCUAGAGGUGUUCCCCGUGCAGGUUCAUCAAGUGAUCCGUCUUUUCGUCAGGCUGUCCGUUUCGUAUUUCGGAAGGCUUCUUUUGAGUCGACGCACCUUCGUUCGGGCCUUGUUUUGGACUCCCCUCUCGUAGCCUCGUGUCGGACUACUGUCUCGUGAGUUAGGGUUUAGAGUCCAGGAAUUUGGCGUUGCACAAAAUGGGGGCCGAAGAUGUUUUGGACGUGGAAACUUUCGCCUUCCAAGCCGAGAUCAAUCAGCUUCUGAGCCUGAUCAUCAACACUUUCUACAGUAAUAAGGAAAUCUUCUUGAGGGAGCUCAUCUCAAAUUCUUCCGAUGCACUCGAUAAGAUUCGUUUCGAAGGACUCACUGAUAAGAGCAAGUUGGAAUCGCAACCUGAACUAUUUGUUCACAUCAUUCCCGAUCAAGUCAACAACUCUCUGACCAUCAUUGACUCUGGAAUUGGGAUGACCAAGACUGAUUUGGUGAACAAUUUGGGAACGAUUGCUCGAUCUGGAACCAAGUCGUUUAUGGAAGCCUUGUCUGCCGGUGCUGAUAUAAGCAUGAUCGGUCAGUUUGGAGUCGGAUUUUACUCGGCAUACUUGGUUGCAGAGAGGGUUGUUGUUCACACCCGUCACAAUGACGACGAUCAGUACAUCUGGGAAUCCCAAGCUGGUGGAUCCUUCACUGUCCGGAAAGACACAAGUGGAGAGCCACUGGGCCGAGGAACGAAAGUUGUCUUAAUGCUGAAGGAAGAUCAACUGGAAUACUUGGAGGAAAAGCGGCUGAAAGACCUCGUUAAGAAACACUCGGAGUUUAUAAGUUACCCGAUAUCCCUCUGGACCGAGAAAACUGUUGACAAAGAAGUAUCUGAUGACGAAGAGGAAGUCGUGGACAGGAAAGGAAAAGGAAUUAAGGAGGAAGACGAUGCAGCGAGCGACGGAGAUGUAGACACUGAAGGAAGGAUUGAAGAAGUCCCUGAAGAUGAAACGGAGAAAAAGGAAACUGUGACGAGAAAGAAGAAGAAGGUGAAGGAAGUUACACACGAAUGGGCUCAAAUUAACAAAAUGAAACCGAUAUGGAUGCGAAACCCAGAAGAGAUUAGUCGUGAGGAGUACGCUGCAUUUUACAAAAGCUUGACAAAUGAUUGGGAGGAGCAUUUGUCGGUGAAGCACUUCUCUGUUGAAGGACAGCUAGAAUUCAAAUCGGUCCUAUUCAUUCCGAAGAGAGCACCCUUCGACAUGUUCGACCAGCGCAAGAAACAAAACAACAUCAAAUUAUACGUACGCCGUGUCUUCAUCAUGGACAACUGCGAAGAAGUUAUACCUGAGUAUCUUGGCUUUGUCAAGGGCAUUGUGGACUCGGAGGACCUCCCGUUGAACAUCUCCCGUGAGAUGCUUCAACAAAACAAGAUUCUAAAGGUCAUCAGAAAGAAUAUAGUCAAGAAAUGCUUAGAAAUGUUUAACGAGAUCGCUGAGUCAAAGGAUGACUACAAAACAUUCUAUGAAACUUUUGGCAAGAAUUUGAAACUCGGAAUUCACGAAGACUCGCAAAAUCGGGCAAAGCUUGCAGAUCUUCUCCGGUAUCAGUCAACAAAGUGCGGAGACGAAUACACAUCUUUCAAAGAUUAUGUGACUCGAAUGAAAGAUGGCCAGAAGGACAUAUACCUCAUUACUGGAGAAUCCAGGAAGGCUGUAGAGAACUCACCCUUCUUGGAGCAGCUGAAGAAACGAGGAUACGAAGUCCUGUUCAUGGUCGACCCAAUAGAUGAAUAUGCAGUGCAGCAGCUGAAAGAUUAUGAUGGACACAAGUUGGUCUCUGCCACAAAGGAGGGAUUGAAGCUUGAAGAUACAGAAGAGAAUCUUAAGAAAAAGGAGGAGAUCAAAGCUCGGUUUGAGAGCUUGUGCAAAGUCAUGAAGGAGAUUCUAGGUGAGAAAGUUGAGAAGGUCCUUGUUUCUGAUCGAAUCGUGGAUUCACCCUGUUGUCUAGUCACUGGAGAGUAUGGUUGGACUGCAAACAUGGAGCGAAUCAUGAAAGCUCAAGCCCUGCGCGACAAUUCUAUGAGUAACUAUAUGAGCAGUAAGAAAACACUGGAAGUGAAUCCAGAGAAUCAAAUAAUGAUUGAAAUUCAAAAGCGAGCUGAGGCUGACAAAACUGACAAGACAGUGAAAGAUCUUGUACUCCUGCUAUUUGAGACUGCACUCUUGACGUCGGGCUUCAGUCUCGAUGAGCCCAACACUUUCGGAACGAGGAUUCACAGGAUGAUCAAGCUUGGCCUCAGCAUUGAUGAGGACGCCGUUCCGGUGGAGGAUGAUGUCGAGAUGCCACCCUUGGAGGAGGACGACGAGGGCAGCCGAAUGGAAGAAGUAGACUAGACCACAUCCGCCAUGUACACGUUCUAGCGCUAUUUUGACAUUUGUUUGAAAGCCAGUCGCCAGCAUGAGUGUGGUGCGUGGCUCCUCUGUAUAGAAAUGCCAUCUUUUGUUUUGUGAAGGCGUGUCCAACAUGUUGU